ACAUGAGGAUACCGUCACUUUAACAGAAGCGUUCCCACGACUGAGUCAGAGUUCACACUUGAACAGUCGUUUCGCUUUUUCCCAAUUUUAUUUGUGCCAGUCGAGACCUGUAUGGCCCCAUCGAUCGCCAUGUCAGCACUGACCGCCGGUGUGAAAAGCGAAGACCUCUCCCCCCGCUCGGUGCUCGUUAGCAGAGGCGAAAUGCAGACCAGCCUGAGCCCCGCAGAGGAGACCGGGAAGCCAAAAGUCGCGAUCCUGCCGUUCAGUGUCGAGGCGCUGAUGGCUGAUAGGAAGCCCAGCAGAGAGGUGCCAUCUCCGGACGGCGCGGCCGGGACGUCCCGGGCGUUGGGGAAGGGGACGCGGAUGGGGUCCUUCGCCGGUCUGGACGCUUCUGUUUCUGCUUUGCCGAUGAGCUCUGCGUUUUCUGUGGGCGACAUAAUGAACAUGUCCGAGGAUGUGCUGAUUAAACCCGAGAGCCCGGAUAGUCAAGAGAGGACUUCGUGGAUACAGAGUCCACGUUUUUCUCCAACUCCUCCAAGACGUUUGAGUCCUCCUGCAUGCCCGCUGCGCAAACACAAGACGAACAGAAAGCCCCGGACCCCGUUCACCACGUCCCAGCUGCUUGCCCUGGAGAGGAAGUUUCGCCAGAAGCAGUACCUCUCCAUCGCGGAGCGCGCAGAGUUCUCCAGCUCCCUCAACCUCACAGAGACCCAGGUCAAAAUCUGGUUCCAGAACAGAAGAGCCAAGGCUAAGCGCCUCCAGGAGGCAGAGCUGGAAAAACUGAAAAUGGCAGCGAAGCCCAUGUUGCCUCCGGCUUUUGGGAUCUCCUUCCCCCUCGGCGCGCACGUUCCGGCGUCCUAUGCGGGGACGCACCCAUUCCAGAGGCACUCGCUGCCGGUGUCUCCGGUGGGACUAUACGCCGCGCACGUGGGAUACAGUAUGUACCACCUGGCCUGAGGGAGGACGCAGACUGAGGGCAGUGGGACUACUUUUUUAAAGAGAGAUUGGGCCCUUUCGCACCAGUGAUGCGACAAAAAGAAGCAUCCAGGUGGGGAGGUCAGUGUUGCAUCUGGUCAGGGAGGGUAGGAGCAAGGCCUCCUAACGGACCCACACUGACGACCUUGUAUUUUCUUCUCUUUUGACCUGGUCGGUACAUUCUGAAACCGCAGAAAUUAUCCAACGAUGUGUGUCAUUUAAUCUGAAGACUCACAUGUUUCAGACAAAAUUCUUUGAAGAUGGAUUUUUUUUUUUUUUUUUUUUGCAAAUGUGGAAGAUGUCCUGCAACCUUGCAACAUAUUUUGACCUUAAAAUUAAGUGUGGACAUUUAACAGGGCGUCCAUGACAGCCAGGUGAAAGGUGACAGGACUUUUUCUCAGAGAGCUUGUCAUUAUUUUCGCAGCCAUUUGGCUGGGUUUAAAAAACAUCAACGAGUUGAUGUCAAACUAAAUUAAACCACGGCUUUGCAAUUUUUAUUUUCUUAUUUUAUUUUAUCUUUUACUUCCAUGUAACUGCGCAACCACAUCGUGUCAUCCAGUCCGUGAAAUCUAGAGAACCACAGCAUCUGUUUUUUGGUUUGUUUUUGUCAGAUUUUUUAUGUUUUGUUCAAUAACAGCACUAUCUGUUGUCGGAUUGAUUCCCUUACUUUUGGAAGGGAAAACUGUACUGUAAAGUAAUGUACAUUUGAAAAAAAAUAUCCUCAUUUAUAUUCUGAAUAUAUUUGUGACAUAACUUAACAAUAAAUUGUUUAUUCUUU